AUGCAAGCACAAGCAUUCCGACGCAGCACCGUCAUCCGCAGCUUAGCCGGCAGUAGAUACGCUGUCCUCACGCGCUAUCACACGAUGGUCAAACCUGUGAUAGUGGUUCCAGUCAAAACAGCCUGGUCGCGUCUCAGUUUACCUUGCAUCAAUAAAAACACAAAGCCGCUUAUUUACUCAACGAAAACUCAUAAUUUUGCUUCAUCGGCAACGAUCGAGAAUGUGGCGGCAAACCGCCCGAUUGCAUGUUGGAUUUUUGGUACAGCAGCUUUGGUUGGCGGCAUGAUAGCCGUUGGAGGUGCCACUCGCCUUACUCGAUCGGGUUUGUCUAUGGUACAGUGGAAGCCACAUGGAAGUUUACCGCCCAUGACUCCAGAAGAAUGGGAUGUACAAUUUGAAAUUUACAAAAAGUUUCCUGAAUAUCAGCAACGCAAGAAUAUGACAGUAGACGAGUUUAAAAGUAUAUUUUGGUGGGAGUAUGGCCAUCGAAUGCUUGGCCGUACAAUUGGUAUCGUCUAUACGGCUCCGUUGCUUUACUUUAUGUUACGCAGACGUCUACCUCGGGAGUUGUACAAGCGAUUUGGCGUGCUAUUCGGCUUGGGUGCGACGCAGGGAGCCAUUGGCUGGUGGAUGGUUCGCAGUGGAUUGGAAGAGCACGGUCACGAGCAAUUGGAAAAGCGCAACGAAGUGCGUGUUAGUCCUUAUCGUCUGGCCACGCAUCUCGCAUUUGCAUUUACAACACUGGGGGUUCUUCUAUGGACAGGAUUUACCUUGGUUGCGCCUCCGUCACGUGCGGCGGUGACACGGGAUAUUAUUUUACCGGACGUACGAAAGAAGGUGGCCCGUAUCCGUAGAAUUUUGGGCCACGUUUCGACCGCUUUGGGUUAUACGAUUGUCUCUGGUGCAUUUGUAGCAGGAAUCGACGCCGGUAUGGCCUACAACACUUUUCCUAAAAUGGACGAGCAGUGGAUUCCGAAUGAUCUAUUUGUACUCGAGCCAAAGUAUCGAAACUUUUUUGAAAACGUGCCGCUCGUGCAAUUGGACCAUCGUAUCCUUGCUCUUAGUACGCUUGCGGGUUUUGGUACCGUGUAUGGCAUGGCACGUCGUCAACCGAUCUGGAGCCAAUUACCGCAACAAUCACGAAACGCUCUAAAUAUGGCGUUGGCUGCCGCCGGGGGUCAAGUGAUGCUCGGCAUCACGACACUGAUUAAUUACGUACCAAUUCCACUCGCUAUUUCGCAUCAAUGUGGCGCCAUCGUUCUUGUUACAGCUACGCUUUGGUCACAGCACACGCUCAACUUUGCCAAGCCGCUCAAAAAGACCAUUCAAACUGCCAUCAAAGCUGCACCCAAGACUUUGUAA